CCCACAUAAAGUUUGCGACGUCCGGAGGGCCGAGAUGGAGACGCUCAAGUACGACGAGCUCCUCCGCGCGGGCGAGCCCGGCGCCAUGACGAUCGCGGCCGCCUGCUUGCGCCUGCAGAAGCUGCUCUCGACGGAGCUCUCGACGCCGCUGCAUCUGCACUCGGUCGAGAGCCGGCGCAAGUUCUUUGCGUUCCUGCCGCGCUUCCUGGAUCGCGUCUUUGGCGAAGAGCAAGAGAAGCAAGCAUCGUCUUCCAAGGUAAGCGCAUGGAUGACACAGUCGUACGGCGCGCUGCACGAGCCGUCGCCGUCGACCUCGGCGGUUGCCAAGCCCGCGACGGGCCCGAACGCCCAUCUCGGCGAGCAUGGCCAAGCGCUGGUCCAGCUCUUUGAGACUGCACUGUACGAGUUCGUCUUCAACAUCUCCCACGCCGUGCGCUUCCGCCUCGACUUGACGUGCUUGCCCAACCCGGCGCAGGUCGAGAUUCGCAACAGCGGCGGCAUCCCGCCGAUGCAGGCCAAGCUCUACUCGACGUCGACGCUCAGCAUGAACGGGAAAACGCAGUGCCUCAUGGUCCCGAUCCAGACGUAUUUCCUCUUUAGCCUCCUCCGGUACCCCGUCUCGACGUCCAAGCUCAAGCGGCCGAUCGCAACGCCAUCCGCCUCGUCGUCCUUGUCGUCGACGACGUCCAACUACGCGUGGCGGUCCUUCUCCACGAACGGACUCUCGACCCUGACGGAGCGCCACCCGUACAACGUCCUCUUGCAGUACUACCUCUCGACGUUCUUGCCGCACGGACCCGAGAAGCUCGGCUUCAAGAGCAGCCAAAAGCAGAGCAUGGAGCUCUUCUUAUCGCUGCUCAUCGAGCUCUGGUUGCGCCAAAACCACGUCGUGUACGAAGGCGACGUCGCCAAGGUCGUCGACCAGUACACACCGCCGACCGACGAUGUCCUCAGCGCACUCCUCCUCACGCUUCUCCACGUGCUCUCGGACAGCCACAUCCCGCUGCUUCUGCAUCCGAGCACACACGUCGUCCUCAAGACGCUCCAAAAGCCACUGUACGACUUUUUCCAAAUCGGCUUUUGCCGCGCGACGCCGUCCACCAACCCGACGUCGUUCUACAUGCUGGCCGACGUCUUCCUCGCGUACCUCUCGCCGUGGCAGUGCGUGCAGUGGGCCUCCUCGACGCCGUCGCUUGCGACGUUCUCGGCGCCGUACACGCCCUUCGUGCUCGCGAACCUGCAUUUUUAUACGGGCCUCUUUGGCGUCUUUGUCACGGCAGCCCGGGACUUGGAGUGGGACGCCACGAGUCUCGACUUGCUGGGCCGCGCGCUGAGCCUCUUCUCGCCCGACCUGCUUGCGCUGCUGGAACGGGCCGCCAGCGACAAGUUGUCGGUGGCCGAAGCUCACGUGCUUCAGCGCCACGUGGCCGAGUUUGGGUCGACGCCGCCGUCCCUCACCGCGUUUCGCCGCAACGGCGAGCACCUUCUUGACAAGAUGCAGUACAUGAAGGAUGUGCAUCCGCGCCAGAGCAGCUCGAGUACGUUUUUGAACGCGGUGUUUACCACCACGGCCGCCACCGCGUCGCUCGAGACACAAAUCGACAGCGUCGGCGCGCGGCUUCGCGUCGUCUUGAGCAUUCCCGAGACGUAUGUGCCUGUCUCGGUCGUCACAACUGCGCCGCUCACCACCUUUUCGCUGGCGUCGCUCAACCCGGCGCGGGACGGCCUCGCGCUCCUCUCGGCCGCCGGGCGUCGUCAAGUCGCCAACGGUCUUCGCCUCUGCACGACCGACGCGGUGACGUAUGUGGGCGACCCGAUGCUCAAGCCAAUCUCGUCGUAUGAGAUCCCGUGCCUCGUCCGUCUUUUGUACCGGGUCUCGAUGGCGAUCAACGUGCUCUUGGGCUUGCCGAAUCCGUACGAAGGCAAGGUGACGCUCGACGAGAAGCUGCAGACGCCAACGACCGAGUGCUUCCGCGUCAACCUCCGCUUUCUCGCAGCCAAGACCAACGUCGCGUGGCUGCUUCUCUUCCUUCUCGGGACCUAUCUGCUGCUGUGGUAAGGAUCCCAUCGCAACAGUAAUACAUCUAUAUCUCUCGGCGUUGUACACGGG